AUUCAUAACUGGCUUUCUAGUUCUAAUCAAAUAACAUUAAGAAGCAAGAAAAAGAAGAAGAUGGAGGCAAUCCAGUCAUGGGUAUCAAAACACAAGCUCACCAGCAUUGGAGCAAUUUGGGCCUCAGCAAUUGGAGCAUCUCUGGCUUGGAACAGCCAUGCAAGAACUCCUCUCAAGCCAAGUCUCAGGCUUAUCCAUGCCAGGUUGCAUGCACAAGCCGUAACACUGGCAGUUCUGUCUGGUGCAGCAGCCUACCAUUACUAUGAGAAGAAUAGCAUGAAGAAAGCAGAUCCCACUGUCCCUAAAUCUAAAUGACUCUUGUAAUAACUUUAUCAACAGAGGUUUAUCUAUGAUUUUACUGGAUGAUGAUGAAAAUGUUGCUUUUCUUAGUGAUGCACGAUGCAUCUGCUUCUCGUAGGAGAACUAUAUUAUUUUACAACAAUGUUUGAGAUUAGUUGAUCUUCAUCAAUGUACUGGUUCUUAUUGCCCUUUUCUUUGCAAUAAAUUAAAGACCCUAAA